AUGCUCACCAUUUACACGGUCACUAGGGACCACCACCACAAACAGAAGCAGCAGCUCUACUACCCGUCAGCUGAGCAGUCAUCGCCCAUGUUUGAAAUGGACAGUUUACUGCUGGUCCACAGCUCAUCAUCAGAGUCGGCCGCCUUCCUCUCGCGGACACUGCUGCAAGCAGCGGGGAUUAACGGCACAGUUGCCGAUAUUUCAGCAAUCGCAGCUGCGAACCACAACAACAACAGCAGCAACAAAGAGGCCAAAAGUAAGGAGGAGACAUCGAAUAACAACUUUCCGGAUGACCUCUUCACGCCGGAGCAACGCCGCCACGGGGCGAUCAUCUUCCACAUCAUCGGCCUCAUCUACAUGUUUGUCGCGUUGGCCAUCGUCUGUGAUGAGUUCUUCAUUCCUGCCCUUGACGUGAUCACCGAGAAGCUGGCCAUCAGCGAGGACGUCGCUGGGGCGACCUUUAUGGCUGCCGGUGGUUCUGCUCCAGAGCUCUUCACCUCGGUGAUCGGCGUCUUCAUUAGCCACGACAAUGUGGGCAUCGGCACCAUCGUCGGCUCUGCCGUCUUCAACAUUCUCUUCGUCCUCUCGAUGUGCGCUAUCUUCUCCAAGAGCGUUCUCGAGCUCACCUGGUGGCCGCUCUUUCGUGACGUCUCCUUCUACUCGCUCAUUCUCAUCACGCUGGUGCUCUGCUUCAUGGACUCCUGGAUCACCUGGUACGAGGCGCUCAUUCUGCUCAUCUGGUACGGCGCCUACGUGACGUUCAUGAAGUUCAACGAGGUGGCGGAGAAGUUUGUCAAGCGGCUUUUUGGCGGCGCCAGAGUGGACAAGGUCGAGGGGGAGACUGGUGCUGGUGGUGAUGGUGAAGCAGCUGGUCCUGGUGGCAUCACCAAGGCUGACAGUGUCCAAGGUCCGCCGCCCAACUAUCAGCAACAGCCUUAUUUUUUGCAGGAGGAGCCCACCCCAGAGCCGUUGGACGUCUCUUGGCCAACCACCAAUCGAAAACGGCUCACCUACCUCCUCCUAGCGCCCAUCAUCUUUCCCCUCUGGCUGACGGUGCCCGAUGUCCGCCGACCGGAGAAGAAAAAAUGGUUCGCCUUUUCCUUUCUCGGUUCCAUUCUCUGGAUUGCCAUCUACUCUUAUCUGAUGGUCUGGUGGGCGACACUGGUGGGCGACACCUUUGGCAUGCCCGCGGAGGUCAUGGGUCUCACCUUUCUGGCUGCCGGCACCUCCAUUCCUGAUCUGAUCACCUCAGUUCUGGUGGCUCGCAAGGGCCUCGGCGACAUGGCCGUCUCUAGCUCUAUUGGCAGCAACAUCUUUGACGUGGCCGUUGGACUUCCUCUGCCCUGGUUCAUGUACACUUGCGUCUUUGGCGACGUGAGCGUCAUCUCCGAAGGCAUGAUCUGCUCGAUCAUCCUCCUCUUUCUCAUGCUGCUCUUCGUCAUCCUCACCAUUGCCGCCUUCAACUGGCGCCUGAACAUCGGCAUGGCCAUGGUCAUGUUCAUCCUCUACUUCUUCUUCAUCGCCAUCUCCCUCCUUCUUGAGAAGAAGAUCAUCAACUGUACGGCUCUGACUGGCCUCUAA